AACUACAAAAAUGAAGUCCUUCCAAUUCAUUGCUGUUGCUCCAGCUAUCUUAGCCCUUGUUACUGCUGCCGAUAAUCCUUAUGCUACUUAUCCUAGUGUUGCCAAAACCGCUACCAUUAACGGGUUUGCUGACAAAAUCUAUGAUCAAUUAGCUCCAUGUGCCAGAGAAUGUGUCAAGCAAGAUACUGGUAGUACUCCAUGUCCUUACUGGGAUACUGGUUGUUUAUGUGUUAUGCCACAAUUUGCCGGACCAAUUGCUGACUGUAUUGCUAAGAACUGUAAGGGUUCUGAUGUUGCUGGUGCCACUGAAUUAGCUACUUCUCUUUGUUCUUCUGCUGGUGUUUGGGAACCAUAUUGGAUGGUUCCAGAAUCUGGAAAAGCUGCUUUGUCUAGUGCUGCAAAUGUUGCUGACACUCCUGCUACUACCACUAAGGAAGAAGAAGCUUCAACUGAAGCACCAGCUAAAACUAGUGAAGAACAAGCUCCACAAACUACUGAAGAGCAAGCUCCACAAACCACUGAACAAGCUGAACAAACCACUGAAGCUGAAAAGCCAGAAGCUGAACAAACCACUGAAGCUGAAAAGCCAGAAUCUGAACAAACCACCGAAGCUCCAAAGCCUGAAGCUGAAGGUACUACUGAAGCUGAAGGAGCUUCUGAAAAGACCGUUGAAACCGCUGAAGCUUCAAGCUCCAAGAGUGAAGAUUCUCAAGAAUCUGCUGCUCCAACUGUUUCUCCUGAACUUAAUGGUGCAAACAAUCAACUUCCAGGAUUAGUUGGCUCUUUAGGUGUCGUCGGUCUCAUGGCUGUGAUUUUUUAAAUGAAUUAGAUAUUCUCUAUUAGGAUUUUAGUUUUGUGUUUCAUUUCUUCUUAAAUUUUUGUUAAAUUUUCGCAAUUUUCUUACUUUAACAAUAAAAACAAUUAGUAUUAGACUUCAAUGU